CAUUUUUUCCAUGUUACAAAUCUCUCCAAGUUGUUUUUUUCUUAAAACAAUAAAAUAAAAUAAACAAAUUACUUAUAAAAAAAAUGAAAUGAAAAAAAAAAAAGAAAAAGAAAAAGGAAGCAUCCUAGUUAGUUUCUUCUGUAACUCAAAAUCUCUCUGCCCCCUUUUGUCUUUUUCCUUCUCAAUCUUUCUUCAGCCAUGGCUGAACCACUGACACUCUUCACAAUAAUCCUUAAUUAAUUCUUCAAAAUUUUCAACUCCAUCUUCGAAAUUGCCUCUCACUUUCCCGUUUCCAUCCAUUUAUAUACAUUCAUCACUUCCACUCUUUUCACUCACUUCAAUUUCCAUGCAAUUUUUAUUUUAUUUGAUUUUGUGCUCUGUUUUUCUCAAUUCCUCUGUUCUUCAAGCUGCUUCAAUGGCGGCUACUCUGUCGUUUCCCCCUUUUCCUUUGGAUCGACAAGGAUCCACCAGAAUGCUCAAGGAUUUUCUUCAGGAAACCAAUGCAAAUGGAAUCACAUCUUCUAAAUUCAAACCGGCGUCGUUUAAAGCUCUGGCUAUCCAUGCCGUCGUCGCCGCCGUGAAGAGGAUCUCGUUUCCGUCUAUGAAAUCGCCAAAGAUUUUCCCUCGAAGUCUUUCGCGGAGGCUGUUGCGGAAAACAGAGAGAAAUGAGAGAGAAAUCGGAGGCGAUUUCGUUGUUAAGAUUAAGGACAUCAUUCGGUGGAAAUCGUUUAGGGAUUUGGUCGACGAGACAGCGGCGGCUCCAUCGCUUGAUUUCGCCGAUUCGCCGGAUCGUUACACGGCCGCCGCUACGACUACGACGACGACGACGACAACUGGCAGUUAUAGUUCGAGCUGGUGCGAGAGCGAUUUCAUGGCGGAGGAUUUGCCGUCGCCGUCGUGGAGAGAUUGGUCCGAGGACGGUGGCGACGGCGCAGUAGGAAAAAUGCAUUUCCCAUGUGUCGGUGAGGAUUCGAUGGAAACGACAGUGGCUUUCGCAGAAAACGACAAAAAGGUAAAUAUAAAUGCAUUAUCAAGACGAGACGAUAAUAAAGAACAAAAUGUACUGGACAAAAGUACAAAAUGGGUAUUAGAAGACGUCGAGGAAGCAAUUUCAUUACCAAAAAAUGGUAGAUUGACACAAAGUUAUGGUAUGGAUAGGCUGCUUUUAGAAUUUAUUCGACGAGAACUCGCAUACGUUCGAGAUGACGAUGAACGAGUGAGAAACGAUGACAAAAUUAGGAGAAAGAAAGGCAAAGAAGAGGAAGAUGGGCAAGAUUGGUUUUUGUCUCACAAGGGGAAGGAAACUUAUAUGAGAGAAAUGGAGAGGGAAGGAAAAUGGGAGGUGUUUGGUGUUGAGGAGAAAAUUGAAUUAGGGUUACAAUUUGAAGGGGAGAUUUUGGGAUGUUUGGUUGAUGAAAUUCUACUUGAUACUCUCCAAUUAUGAAUACAAAAUUUUUCUUUUAUUUUUUUGGAUUA